UUAGAUCUCACCCAUUCCACCCUCACCCAAUCCCGCCGUUCCGGCGGCUUACCGCCUCCCCCAAUUCGCCGGGCCCCUUUUCCGUCGGUCGAAUUGGGGGUUUCUUGGGAGCGCAACGGCGGACGAUUUGGGAGGGUUGGGGCUUUCCUGCAGUUGCAUGCAGGAAUCGUGAAUAAUUUGCUUCUACACCGAGGCCGCUGGCGAGAUGACUACUUCAUGAGUUUGGCAGUCUGGCCAGUGCCCUGUUUUAGCCCAGGGCUUGGGAGCUUGCUGAAUAUCAGAACAAACAAGGAACCAUGGACAGAAGAGUCGGAGCGGUUCUAGUCUGCGUGCUCUUCCUACUCAUAGGGGAAGUGUCGGCAAUUGCCGAGACUGAGAUUGGUGAUGUGCGGGUAGCGCGGGAGGCGCCGGAUGUGAAGCUAGAUGAUGCUGGUAGACAGGAUGUGCUCAAAAGUGGAAGGGUGUCCGUGUAUACGGUCGCAUGGUCUACGCUUGCAAUGGCUGCGGCAACCGGGUUGGGAGCACUCCCGUUCUUUUUCCUGGAGCUAGAGGCCCAAUGGGCGGGCCUUUGCAAUGGAAUGGCGGCUGGGGUGAUGUUGGCAGCAAGUUUCGAUCUUGUGCAGGAAGGGCAGAUGUACGGCAGUGGGAGCUGGGUUGUUUUUGGGAUUUUGAGUGGAGGGGUCUUUAUUUGGCUUUGCAAGAAGCUUCUUGAGCAACAUGGAGAAGUAAGUAUGCUGGACAUAAAAGGGGCUGAUGCAAGUAAAGUUAUUCUCGUUGUCGGAAUAAUGACGCUCCAUUCUUUUGGCGAGGGCUCUGGUGUGGGUGUAUCCUUUGCUGGAUCAAAGGGACUCUCCCAAGGUCUUCUAAUUACUAUAGCUAUAGCAGUGCACAACAUACCUGAAGGCCUAGCUGUAAGCAUGUUGCUAUCUUCUAGGGGUGUAUCCCCACAAAAAGCAAUGCUAUGGAGUAUAAUAACAUCUUUGCCACAGCCAAUUGUCGCCGUUCCUGCAUUCCUUUGUGCUGAUGCAUUUCAAAAGGUGCUUCCUUUCUGUACUGGUUUUGCUGCGGGAUGCAUGAUAUGGAUUGUUAUUGCCGAAGUUCUUCCUGACGCUUUUAAGGAAGCAACUCCAUCUCAAGUAGCCUCUGCUGGAACACUUGCUGUUGCUUUUAUGGAAGCAUUAGGUACUGUGCUUCAGGGAUUCAGUGAGGGCCAGGGCUCGGAAGACGCAUCAGGUUUUUUGGUGUCACUUGUAUUUGGACUUGGUCCACUUUUCGGAGGAAUUAUACUUGUCGCAUUCUCGCUUGCCUUCAGCAUGCCACACCCUCUUCUUACUGGAGUAGCAUCUGGCAUUGCCUUCCGCGUUGCUUCAUGGAGGCCAUUACAACUUGUGAUGUCCUCAAAGAUGGGUCUCUUUACCACCCUAUUCUUCCUGCUAGGAGGUUCGGUCUUCUACCAUGUCGCUGCAGCGAGCAUCCUUAGGGUUGUUAACCGCAACAAAUCUUCUGUCAAUGUCAUUACUUCGUCCUCUGGCUUCUCUCUCAGUGUCCUCACACUGCAGUCACUCCUUGCUUGUGGUUCUGUUUUCCUACACGCUUACGCUGAAGGGCUUGCGCUCGGUGUGGCGGCACGCAAGGCAUAUGGUCUAGGCCGUUACAUGGUUCUUCCAGUCUCCCUUCACGGUCUGCCACGUGGUGCCGCUGUUGCCAGCUGCGUAUACGGUGCCACUGAUAGCUGGCGCGGAGCCUUGGCAGCUGCGGCUCUGACGGGGCUUGCAGGGCCAAGCGCUGCCAUCAGUGCAAUCCUUGCGAAGAUUGACUACAAUGGACUGGACUACUGGAUGGUCAUGGCGUGCGGGGCUCUGAUCCCGAGCUUUGGCCGUGUCUUCAGACGCUCGCUGCGGCUGGACGUUCGAAAGAGCGUCUGUGGGCUCCUGGUAGGUUUUGGCUUCGCCUCUGUUUGCUUGAUGUCCACCAGAUUCAUCUGCUUGCACACUCCUUACUGCAAUUCGGCUCCAGAAGCGGUCACAUGAUCUGUUGAUGUCAAAUGUGGACAGAUGUAACAUCAAUGUAACGACAAUACAACAAACUGUUAAGGGUAUUGCCUUGAGGCUGAGUGUAAUCAAUGGAAAACAGACAUUGGACUGAAUGAUUAGCCUGGAGUAGUCUUGUAAAUUAUACCGUCUCAAAAGAAAAAGAAAAGGAAUGGCGUGCUACUUUGAUGGGUUUUAGCUUUA